AUGGAGUCCUGGCGCUCCUCCUCCUUGUCUUCUCCUUUGACCCGUUCUUUCUCACCCUUCAAUUCUCCACAUUCUAAAAAUGGUAGAAGAAUUCCAAGAAGACUACAUACAUGCCUGAGCACUCUCUGGGCCACUCCUAAUCUCCAGCCAAUAUCUCAUUACUUUGCAGAAUCUCCACCCAAAGUGCGACUGGUGAGCGGUCCCCAUCGCUGUGAAGGGCGGGUGGAAGUGGAACGGAAUGGCGAGUGGGGCACUGUGUGUGACGACGGCUGGAACAUGAAAGACGUGGAAGUGGUGUGCCGGGAGCUGGGCUGUGGAGCAGCCAAGGGGACGCCCACUGGUAAUUUAUAUAAGCCAUUGGCCGACGAAAAACAAAAAAUCUUCAUCCAAGAAGUCAACUGCAGUGGGACAGAAGAUCAGUUGAUUAACUGUGACCAGCUGGAAGAUGUUUAUGAUUGCUCCCACAGCGAGGAUGCAGGGGCGAUAUGUGAGAAGACCGUGAGGCUGGUUGGUGGCCCUGGCCGCUGCAAAGGGCGCUUGGAGGUGAAGCACCAAGAGCAAUGGGGCACUGUGUGCAAAGCAGGCUGGAAUCUCUCAGCUGCGAAGGUGGUGUGCCGGCAACUGGGGUGUGGGAAGGCCACACUGAUCAAAAGAUGCUGUAACAACGAUACCCAGGGCCAAGGACUCAUCUGGUUGAGCAAUGUGUCAUGCUCAGGACAGGAAGAAAACCUUCACUAUUGCCUUUCUGGGCUUGAGGGGAAUAAUAACUGCACCCAUGAUGAGGACACAUGGGUCGAAUGUGAAGACCCAGAGACCGUGAGGCUGGUUGGUGGCCCUGGCCGCUGCAAGGGGCGCUUGGAGGUGAAGCACCAAGAGCAAUGGGGCACUGUGUGCAAAGCAGGCUGGAAUCUCUCAGCUGCGAAGGUGGUGUGCCGGCAACUGGGGUGUGGGAAGGCCACNGCCAGUUGGCAUAUGCCUUAUUCCCAAAGAACCUGUCUGGUAACUGGCAUCUCCUGACCCUUGCCCAUUCCAGAUUCUAGCAACUCCCAAACUGCUCAGUACGCACAUGCUCACUAUGUGUUCUGACAAGAGUCGUGGGCAUCAGUGCGCCUCCAGGCCUGUGGAGCUGGAGCCAAACACCAAGCACCUACAUAAUCUCCAGUGGGGAGGGAGACACUUUUCUCCUGGACUGGAAAUUUACCCUGAGACUGCAGCUGCACACUGACCACACUCAGCCCCUAUUUGGACUUGUUGCCUGGUGGUCCCAGGCUUCUCCAGCCACCAGGGCUGCCGGGUGUCCCUUUUAUCUCCGUGGGGCCAUCCUCACAGGGGAAAUGAUUUAUGCCACCUUUGCAUCAAGACAGUUAACAACAGUAUGGCUUCUCCAUGCCUUUUCUCUUCCUAACUGACUUGUUAGAGAAGACCCCAGGGUUCAAGGGGAGGGCAGACUGAGAAGAUUGAAAGG